AUGACGAAGAAAGAUUUCCACUGCAUGAAUGGCGUGCUUUUGUCGAUGAACUACACGCUAAUAGCCAGCACUAUGUCAUUCUUGUGGACCCUGGGCAUCUUCCUAAAGAAUGACAAAGGAGAGCCACAUAUGGGCCAAGUCUGGCCCGGACCAGUCCACUAUCCAGAUUUUUUGAACCCCAAUGCAAUACGAUGGUGGACAAACGAGGUGCAGCUCUUCCACGACCAAUUGCCUUUCGAUGGGAUGUGGAUCGACAUGAACGAGUUGUCCAACUUCUGCACAGGAACGAAUUGCACUUGGAAUGGCACAAUCCUCGGUGGUGUUACCGAAUGCUAUCUACAAUUUACUAAUACGCACACUAAAUAUGACGACCCACCGUUCCGAAUCAACCACUACGGUAAAAAUGAGAAGCUUGGAUACCUCACAGCCGCUAUGACCUCGAAGCAUUGGGAUGGGACUCUGGAGUAUGAUGCUCAUAGCCUGUAUGGAUUAGCAGAAUCUAUCGCCACAAAAGUUGCGCUCACGAAGGUAAGGAAGAAGAGACCGUUCUUGCUGUCUCGCUCAACUUUUGUUGGAUCUGGUGCACAUGCAGCUCACUGGACAGGGGACAACAAAGCAACGUAUCGCGAUAUUGGAUACUCCAUUGUCACAGUGAUGAACUCAGGCAUGGCUGGGAUCCCCAUGGUUGGCGCAGACAUCUGUGGGUUCUACGACAUGGCCUCAGACGACUUGUGCAGCAGAUGGAUCCAAACCGGAGCGUUUCACCCCUUCUCACGAGCUCAUUCUAACAGAGACAACGCCCCGAAGGAGCUCUACCUGCUUCCCAAAACAACCAUUUCAGCAAGAAAGGCCCUAAGACUGAAAUAUCAAUUGCUUCCAUACUACUACACGCUAAACUAUGAAGCGCACACGAAAGGCUAUCCGAUUGUGAGACCAUUGUUCUUCGCAUUUCCACAGGAUCCCCUCGCGGUUGAUGUCUCCUACCAAUUCCUGGUCGGCAACCACAUUCUAGUAUCCCCCGUGAUCACAGAGAAUGCCACUGAAAUUAAGGCAUACUUCCCAACGGGCACAUGGUAG